AUGCCAUACUCUAUUAACCCUAAACCCGAGCCCUUGCGCUCGUGGAACGCCAACGCCAUCAACGUCCAGAACUCCUCUAGUGUGAAACCCAGAGUUGACACCAAGAAGGAGGACUCCAAGACCACGCCUGUUUUUGAUGACUCAGAAGCUAAAGAGCUGGAGGGAUCCAAGAAUUCCAAGGGCAAACCAUCCGCCUGUGUCUUCGUGGCAAGUCUUCUUUACACCAAGUCUGACGUGGAGUUGUGUAAGUCGGUCACGGACCACUUUGAGCAGUUUGGAAAGAUCGUCAACGUCAAGGUCUUGAGAGACUACUCGGGUCGUCCAUACGCGUUUGUUCAAUACGACAACGACGUGGACUCGAAGAACGCCAUUGCUCAGAGUCACAACACAGUUCUCGAUGGUCGUGUCAUCCGCUGUGAAGCCGCCAAGGUCAACAGAACCAUCUUCAUCACCACCUUCAGCUCUAUCAGCAAGAAUACCGUAAUGGAUACGCUCAAGGAGUUCGGCGAGACGGAGCUUGUUGUUGCUAGUGAUCAGCACGGCAAGAUCAAGCACGCUACUUUAGACGAGGAAUGCCGUUUCUGGUUUGCCAAGUUCUCUUACCGUGACGACGCCAUCAGAGCUUUUGCCAGCUUGACCGAUGACACCGCUUAUCAUGUCGAAUGGGCCAAGAACAUCGAGGAUCAGUGCACGAAUGGCAGGUUCGACAAGUACACGGUCUUCGUUGGCCUGUUGAGCCGUCUCGCUACCCACAACGACUUGGAACGUCAUUUUCAGAGACACGGUGCUGUCAAGUCUGUUUCGGUGAUCCACAAGACGCUGGCGUCGUAUGGAUUUGUCACCUUUGAGGAGGAGGCCUCCGCUGCCAGUGCCGUUGCUAAGGAUAACCACACCAUGUUCAUGGACAGAAACAUCAACGUCCAGUACCGGGAGUUGAGCAACUACCCCAAGAUGAUCUUGUCCUCUGACAUGCCUGUGGUGUUGGCACCCCCUCCGGUCAAUAGUAAGUUCAAGGCUGCUGCCAGAGCCAAGCACGAGAACGAACCCCACGAGAGACCGAGAGCUCCCAGAAGGAGUUUCUCCGGUGGCCUAGACCUGGCCUUCAGAGCCAGAAGAACGUCGCUGUACACCCAAUACAGGGACUACAACAGCAACUGGUCGGGUGCCGCAGAUAGCUACAGAUCGUGGCCCAGAUCCAGAUUUGGCACCGGCGGGCCCGAUGCCGAAUAUCAAGACGACGGAUCCCGCUACUACGUUAGUGCCUCUCCAGAUAACAGCAAAACAAUUAGCUACAGAUUGAGUCAAGAGAAGCUUUCGCAGCUCAGUGAUAUCAGGCUCAAGUCGCUAUAUGACAGGAAACCAGACUACGCAGCGAUCAGCAGUCAACCAUGGAAGAAUCUGCCCAAGUACUUCAAGAACGUGCUUAUAUCAGCAUUGGCUCUUGUAAAAAUGAGCAUACAUGCCAAGCUGGGCGGUUCAAUUGAAAUCAUGGGCAUGCUUACAGGCAAAAUCAUCGGAACAUCCAUCAUCGUCAUGGAUGUGUACUCACUACCUGUGGAAGGCACGGAAACACGAGUAAAUGCCCAAAACGAAGCUUACGAAUACAUGGUUCAGUACCUUGAUCUUAUGAACUCGGCGGGCCGAGAGGAGCACAUUGUGGGCUGGUACCACUCGCAUCCAGGCUACGGAUGCUGGCUCAGUGGAAUCGAUGUUGCCACCCAAAGUCUAAAUCAAAACUUCCAAGACCCCUAUUUGGCCAUUGUUGUGGAUCCCGUGCAGCUGUCGAACCAGGGCAAAAUAGAGAUUGGAGCGUUCAGAACGUUGCCCAUGGAGUACGAAUCCAGAGAGGGCUCCAAGGGCAAGAAUGUGAAUACUCGAUCGAAGGAGAAGAUGAAGGAUUUCGGUAUCCAUGCUGAUCAGUACUAUGCUCUUGACAUUGAGUUGUUCAAGAGCAGAAGCGACGAAGAGUGCAUCAAUAUGAUCUUGAACAAGUCCUGGGCAGCCAACCUAUUCUACUCAGAAAGUGCAUUGCAAGAGUACGACAGAAGACUAAUAGAUAGAGUCAAGCAGCUCAUGAGCGAGUUGAAUUUUGCUCGUGAGGUGAAAGAGCCAAGGGUGUUUAAGCAUUCGUUCGAAGCAUUGGUCAAUCGGCCUGUGAAAGAAGAUUUACAUUUGCGUCAUUUGCGAGAAAGGUUGCUGUGUGGAGCUAGUCAAGGAGAGAGCGAUGAGGAGGUAGUAGAUGACGAAGGCGAUGUUGAUGGAGAGAAUGACGAGGAUGAUGAUGAUGAUGAUGACGACGACGAUGAUGACGAGGAUGACGGCGAUAAUGAAGACGACGACGAAGAGCAGGCCUCCAAGACUGCCAGUGAUAGAGAUGAAGCAGGUGACGACGAAGGCCAGAUGGAAACGGAGGAGGAGCAAAGCAUGGACGGGGAGCCUCUCGAAAUCGGUAACGCCAAAAAGCGCUUGCACAGCACCGAUGAUAGCCGAACCAGUAUUAGAGAAGGCGAGCGUCAGCAGUCGUCCACUCACAAGCGUCUUGCUACUGGCGAUGUUUACAUGAAGUUGAGCAACGAGCUCAAGGCGAAGACGCAGAAAGCACACAGCAAGUUGCGAGAGGACGAGCGUCAGGUCGCUGCGGUGGGCCAUUCCGAGUUACUUCUGAUGCUCGUGAAGCGGGCCCAGAGGAAGGUCUUCGGGUGA